AUCCUCAUUAGAAAUGGUGGCUCACUGCAUAUUGGCUCUUCACAAUGUCCCUAUACCUCUGAUGCCACCAUUUCUCUUUAUGGAAAAUCUACUGAUGGUGACGAUGUAGAAGAGUUUGGAAAGAAGUUCAUAGGAGUGGACAGAGGUGGGAUACUGGAGCUACAUGGAAGACGACCCUUAUCUUGGACAUUGUUAGAUGCGACUCUAUAUCCUGGAGGACUGCCCUAUGGGAUCCUACAAGUGGGAGAAGCAGUGGGGUAGCCGGGGCAUCAAUAUCAGGGUCAUUGACCCAGAAACGGGGCAAGUCCAGGCUGCUGAUCGGUUUGACACGCACAUGUUUCUGGAGGAGGGGAAGAGGCUGGAGGAAUUCUUGGCCAAGCAGAGUCCAGGCAAGGUGGUGGCUGCAGCAGUGGGAGAUUCGGCGGCAAAGAGCCUUACUCCAGAUGUUAGAAGAUAUUUGAGAGAAACGUUAAACAGUAAAUACAUCUAUCAUCUAGGUUACAGGCAACCUUGGGCUUUGGUUGGUGUGCUCGGAGAAAGCCCACUAAAGGUAUCCGAGGACAAAAAACAGUAUGAAAACAAUGGAACAACUGGGCUGGCAAUUGCAACAAGAGAAUUUCAGACAUAUGGAGGACUUCAUUUCACUGUCACUGCCUACAGUGGCUGGAAUAAAGGCGUUCCGAGGAAUGGAUUCAGAGUGGCAGUGUCCAGGGGCAUCAUUCUCACAUUAGCGGAUGACGUUACCACCUGGUUGCCUGGUAACAGAAUAGUCAUUGCAAGUACUGAUUACUCAAUGUACCAAGCUGAAGAAUUCAGUCUGCUUCAUUGCCCUGAAUGUAAAAACAACCAGGUCAAAAUUGAUGGAAGCCCCCAGUAUAUGCACGUGGGUGAGGUGAUCGAUGGGGUUGAUAUGAGAGCAGAGGUUGGACUUCUGACCAGGAAUAUCCUCAUCAGAGGGGAAAUGGAAGAUGCCUGCUAUGAGCCCAACCACUGCCAGUUUUUCACUUAUGAUACAUUUGGCGGUCAGAUUAAGAUCCAGAAUCACUUUGGUUCCGUGCACCUGUCAGGGGUAGAGCUCACGAAGAUGGGACAGCAGCUUCUGGGCAGUUAUCCCGUACACUUCCAUAUGACUGGAGCAGUGGAUGAAGAAGGCGGGUACAGUCCCUCCACAUACAUUGACAACCUGGCCAUCCAUCAUUGCUUUUCCAGAUGUGUCGCUAUUCAUGGAACUCAUGGUCUGCUGGUAAAGGAUACCAUUGGUUAUGACACCCUUGGCCACUGUUUUUUCCUGGAAGAUGGUGUGGAACAAAGAAACACUUUUUAUCACAACCUUGGACUAGUGACGAAGGCUGGGACCAUCCUGCCUACAGAUCGCAAUGAGGUCAUGUGCUUAGCAAUGCGGGACCAUGUAUAUGGGGAUUAUGUGCCUGUGCCCAGCACCGACUGCAUGGCAGUCAGCACAUUCUGGAUCUCAAACCCCAAUAACAACCUAAUUGGAAAUGCUGCAGGAGGAGCACAGGAUGUUGGCAUCUGGUUCAUAUUCCAUAGAGUUCCAACCGGUCUUUCAGAGGGGCAUUACCCAGAGGGCGAAUCAGAAUUCACCCCCUUGGGUAUUUUUCACAACAACAGAGUACACUCUAAUUUCAAGGCAGGUUUAUUCAUUGGAAAAGGAGUCAAAACUACAGAAGCAAAUGCAGAGAACCCCAGAGAGUAUCUAACUGUGGACAAUGCACGAUUCCGUCCUCACCAAGAUUCGGAUCCAGCUAAACCUCGAGUGCCUGCUCUUAUUGACAGACUCAUAGCCUUUAAAAACAAUGACCAUGGUGCAUGGGCCAGAGGCGGGGAUGUCAUCUUUCGCAACUCAGGGUUUUCAGACAAUGGAAUUGGCCUUACAUUAGCCAGUGAUGGAACAUUCCCAACUGAUGAAGGAUCCAGCUUGGAGGUCUCUGAUUCCAUCUUUGUGGGGGAGAGUGAGAAUGUUGGUUCACAGGGUGGGCAGAACAGUUACUGGGGACGUGGAGGCUCAGGGGAACAGAGAUCCCUGCCACGGAACAAGACAUUUCCGAUUCGUGGAUUUCAGAUAUAUGAUGGGCCGGUCAGACUUCUCAGAUGCACAUUUAAGAAAUUUCUCCCCACGGCCGAAAGACCAUCUAGUGCAAUCGGGUUUUCACUGAAGAACUCUUGGCAGAUCAACCCUCAAAACAACGUGUCCCUUGUCAAGAUGGAGAGAAGUGUUGAACUCAAGGUCUUUUUUGGUCGCUCUGGGCAGUGGUUCGGAUCCAAUGACUAUGAUGGUGACAAGGUCUCAAUCUUCCAUGACCUGGAUGGUUCACUGACUGGAUAUAGUGAUACAUUUGUUGGUCGAGCUGACAAUUAUCUCCUACGUCAUCCAGGGUGCCUUACUGUGCCACGAUGGAAUGGAGUGAUAUGUAAGAGCCAAUAUGCACAGCUGUAUAUCCAGGCCAGGCGCCCAGAGAACCUCACCAUACUGGUGGCCAGAGCAGCUUAUCCUUCCAAUCCACUGAAGCUGGUGGGUGUAAAUAAAGGGGCACCAUAUCAGCAGUAUCAGCCGGUGGUGAUGUUACAGCAGCCCUACACUAUCCGCUGGGAAGGCCCAUCUCCAAAGGAGGUCAUCUUAUACCCGAUUAACUUCAACAGGUAUUAA